UCAGGCGUUACCAGAUCAACUCUGGGUACUAAGUUCACGCGCUGCGUGUCAAUAAUUAAUAUUUUCUGGUUUCUUUGACUUUCUAACUCAAAAUUGAGUUUCCUUUCAACGACAAACUCGGGUAUCGUUGACUGCUGUGGAGACUGGUGUCCCGGACUGGAGGCAGGCUGUCGCGGGACAGACGCACACAUCUGUAACAACACGCGCACUGUCACAGCAAGUCAAGCUUUUGGUAGGACUGCGUGUCACCAUGCCUGUGCGACAAAAAGAUGCUCAGCGAGCCCUGGAGCUUCUCCAGCAGUAUCGAGUCAAAUUGGAUCAGAGACAGCAGAACCAGAGCCGGAGCAAACAGGGCCCAGUGGAGGAGGACCGCCAGCUGCAGCAGUCUUUGGACAGAGUCAUCGAUGUCUUCCAAAGUCAGCUCUUUAGUGCUCUUCUCGAUAUCCAGGAGUACUAUGAGAUGACCAUCCUGGCAGACAGCAAGUGUUCAUUGGAUCAGAUAGACAGUCCUGGGAAAGUCCCUGACCCCUGCAACCUGCCAGGAGACCCCUCAGCCCAUCCACAACCCAGCUCCAGUCCCAUGACCCCCCAGGCCUCUAAUCAACCAACCCAACCCAAACAAUUGGCCAAUAAACCCAAGUCAUUUAAGUCUCCUGCUCCUCCUGUCCCAUCUGGAGCAAAACCAUAUUCUCCUACAGCACAGUCCAGCAUCCCUCAGUCACAGUCAAUCAAGGUCAAGUAUCGUGCUCCUCUUCCUCCUGUCCAGCCUGGGGCCUCUAAAUCAUUAGAGGCAGAGACUUGUAAACCCUCCUCAUCAUCUGUUGCCACUUCUUUCAAAGUUAAUGUGAACAAUGAAAACACCCCCACCAGCCCCCAAAAAACAUCUCCUGGAGUGUCAGAGAAUGGAAUCAAAACACAUGUCACUGCUGCCAGCUCUGGGGUUUCUUCAGAGGCCUCCACAAAGCCGCAGAGCCUUCCUGCUUCCCCAAACCUCAACCUGGUGACUGUCUCUGCCCUUAUCACCAGCACCGUCCAAGGUCUUGUGUCUUCAACAACUCAAGACAAACCUAACACCACCAGCAGCACCACCAGCCAAGGUCUCAGUACAGCUGCAGAAACCGCUGUAGUUUCCACAUCUCAUCCAACUAGUUCAGGGUCAAACAAGGACCCUGGAUUGGACAGAGUCUCUCCUAACAAGAGUCCAACAAGCUCAGAACAUGGAAAAUUGACUUUUGGAGGCCGAAGCCCCACAAAUCCUCCUGCAAAGCUAAACAAAGGAUCACAGCUAAGUCCAACCAGCCCUGGGCCAGUAAAAGUCACAUCCACUAGCCCCAGCCAUGGUCCAGUCCGGUCCGGGCAAGCUACAAGCCCUCUCACCCUCAGUAAGGUAGAAUCACCUGAGGUUCCCUUUGAUGACGAGGCAUGGCCUCACCCAGAGGAAGAGAGGCUGAAUGACGUCCCAGCCCCGCCCUUUUCCUCUCUCUAUUCACAAAGCCACAUCUACUACCAGGCCAACCCCCCUCCAGUGGUGGUCAACGCCGACAGCGUUGACACCCCGCCAUAUGUGAAUGGAACAGAAGCAGACUAUGAGUAUGAGGAAAUCACACUUGAGCGGGGAAACUCAGGGCUGGGCUUCAGUAUUGCUGGAGGCACUGAUAACCCACACAUCGGUGAAGACCCCUCGAUCUUCAUUACCAAGAUUAUACCAGGAGGAGCUGCAGCCCAGAAUGGACGACUCAGGGUGAAUGACUGUAUAGUCAGAGUGAAUGAGACAGAUGUCAGGGAAGUCACUCACAGUGGAGCUGUGGAGGCACUGAAAGAGGCAGGAGGUCUGGUCCGUCUGUGUAUACGACGAAGACGGAGCCUCGCAGAGAGAGUUAUGGACAUCAAACUGGUCAAAGGGCCCAAAGGUUUAGGAUUCAGCAUAGCAGGUGGCGUUGGGAACCAGCAUGUCCCUGGUGACAACAGCAUCUAUGUGACUAAAAUAAUUGAGGGAGGAGCUGCACACAAAGAUGGACGGCUACAAAUAGGGGACAAACUUGUUGCUGUAAAUGGCACCUGUUUAGAGGAGGUGACACAUGAGGAGGCAGUUGCUGCACUGAAAUCCACUCCUGAUGUUGUGUUCCUCCGUGUAGCCAAACACACCUCCUUGUUCAUCAAUGACAACUUCCCUCCACCUGAUGUCACUAACUCAUAUUCCCCACACCAGGACAACCAUAUAAGCCCCUACAUGAGCGGCAGUCAGUCUGUAAGCCCUGCCCCGCUGACCACACCACGAUACUCACCGCUGCCCAGGACCAUGACCGGAGAUGAUGAUGUCACGAGGGAACCAAGACGGGUAGUACUGCAGAGGGGCUCUACAGGUCUCGGAUUCAACAUUGUUGGAGGAGAGGAUGGAGAGGGAAUUUUCAUAUCCUUCAUACUUUCUGGAGGUCCAGCUGAUCUCUGUGGUGAACUUAGAAAGGGAGACCGCAUCCUGUCGGUAAAUGGGGUGGAUCUGUCCAGUGCAACACAUGAGCAGGCAGCUGCAGCUCUGAAGAAUGCAGGACAGACUGUUACCAUACUAGCACAGUACAGACCAGAGGAGUACAGCCGUUUUGAAGCAAAGAUCCAUGACCUGAGAGAACAAAUGAUGACCAGCAGUGUCAGCUCCAGCUCCAUGUCACUACGCUCCACACAGAAACGCACCCUUUAUGUCAGGGCGUUGUUUGACUAUGAUGGAAGUGCAUCAGAUCUGAGCAUGCCCAAUCAGACCCUGCCCUUUCAUUUUGGGGACAUUCUCCAUGUGAGCAGUGCCGGCGAAGAAGAGUGGUGGCCUGCGCGACACCUCAGCCCCCCACCCCCAAACUGCCCUGAAGUUGGAGUCAUCCCCAGCCGCCGAAGAGCAGAGAAGAAGGAGAGGUUGAGACUAAAGACAGUCAAAGUGGCAAGGUCUCAGGAGAGAUCAGAUCAGGAUGACAAAGAGCUGGUAACCUCUGGCACCAGCGAUAGUGAGAGUAGUUCCUCUGGUCAGGAAGAGACCUUCCUCACAUACCAACCUGUCAUGCAGCAGGAAGUUAAUUACACACGGCCAGUCAUCGUGCUUGGACCAAUGAAAGAUCGGGUCAAUGAUGACCUCAUCUCUGAGUUCCCAGACAAGUUUGGUUCCUGUGUCCCACACACGACUCGGCCGCGACGAGACUACGAGGUGGACGGCAGAGAUUACCACUUCAUGUCAUCCAGAGAGCUUAUGGAGCGAGAAAUCCAGGAACACAAGUUCAUUGAGGCGGGGCAGUAUAACAACCAUCUUUAUGGAACCAGCAUACAGUCUGUCAGAGAGGUCGCUGACAAGGGUAAACACUGCAUACUGGACGUAUCAGGGAAUGCCAUCAAACGGCUUCAGAUGGCAGGUCUCCAUCCCAUCGCUAUCCUUAUUAGACCGCGCAAUGUUGACAACAUCCUAGAGAUGAACAAGCGUUUGACUGAGGAGCAAGCGAGAAAGACCUUUGACAGAGCUGUCAGACUGGAGCAGGAGUUCACAGAGUACUUUACCGCUAUAGUCCAGGGCUCUUCUCUAGAGGAAGUUUACUCGCAAGUGAAGCAAAUCAUUGAGGAGCAGUCUGGUCCUUACAUCUGGGUGCCCACCAAGGAGCGACUUUGAAUUAACACACACACACACAAUCUACUCAUCUACAUGUCACUCUCUCAACACUUCCCCCUUGUCUAAUUUUCUAUUAUCAGCCUGCUUCCUCUCACAUUGCUACACACAUGCAUAUUUACACAAGUGCAUGAAGUCAGUGUGGCUGGGACUAUCUGGGACUGCUCAUUCCUGGAGUGGGAGGAGCUUAUGCCUGUCCAGCAGCCUAUUGGUGAAUCUUCCUACAGCUCAGUUCCUUAAUGUUUAAGGAGGUGGUUCAAAUCAAGGUGACAUGUACCAUUAUCUGAUUUAUUUCAUUACUGUUCUUAUUGUUGUUGUUGUUGUUGUUGUUGUUUUCAUAUUAACAAAGGGUAAUGCAUUCAUGUAUGGGUUUGUAAUGAUAAUAUUGUCACCAAAAGGCAGACUUUUGCACGCUGUAGCUUUAAGAGCAUGUUUUUGGGACAAAAUCUUGAUUUAAUUCCCAGUCUGUCUGUCUGUUUGUCUCUUCUCAUGGCAUCAUUUCUGUUAAGAGUUUCUCUUUCUUGUUUUCUUCUUUUUCUCAUUAUCAUCCCUCCCUCUCCUCUCCUCUUUUUACUGUCCACAGCCUUUAGAUAUGAGAUGAAAAUGACUAUUGUAAUUAUAAUGUUCCUCAGCAUUUUAGAAUGGAGGACCAAAGUAUAUAGCAGCAACUGUGUAGAGAUGUAACAUGAAAAA